GUGACAAGUUUCAGUGGGUUGCCAAGUAAAUAAGCAAAGUUCGUGUUUUUCGAUGCCCCAAUUUUUCGUGUUUUUUGCCAAAAUUCGUGAUUCUCCUGCCCGAGUUUGUGUACAAAAACACCCCAAAAGUGACGCCCUGUGAUCGUGCACGGCGAGGAUGGACAUGCUGAAGCAAUUCAGUCCAAAUAGCAAUGCGUGCUUGCAGCAGAACAAGACGACGCUCAUUACGAAUUUGUACGAGGGCAUUCCGGAGACGUUGAUCCUCAAUAUCAUCGCAUGGGUCUUCCUCAUGAUCCUGUUCGCGGUGCUGCGUCAGCAGGCGUGGGACUACGGCCGGUUGGCGCUGAUGAAUUCCACCGGCGACAAUCGCCGAUGGACGCAGCUCUUCUACGCGCAGGGCAGCGACGAGGGGGCGGCCGAUGAGAGUCGUCAGGCCAUCAAUGGGGCAGCGGCGCGAAUGUCAAGCUCCAGCAAUGAGGCGGGCACGAGCAAUGGGCAGGCAAGUAAGCGCAGCAGUGCAGGCUCAGCGGGAGCUCCCAUCGACAGGGGCUUCCUCUCGUGGAUCCCUGUAACGUUGCGCCUGCGAAAGGAGCAAAUUCUGGCGCACAGUGGUCCCGAUGCGCUGCACUAUCUCUCCUUCCAGCAGCAUCUAAUCGUCGUGACGGCCAUCAUUACGCUCGUCUCGAUCGUUAUUAUUUUACCAAUUAACUUUCACGGCAACCUCAUUGGGGAUGUGAAUACAUUUGGGCACACAACUGUGUCCAAUCUCGAUCCCUCAUCCAGCGUUCUGUGGGUCCACGUGAUCUGCGCCAUUGCCUUCGUGCCACUCGUGGUGCUCACAAUGAGGCGCUCCUCGGGACGCUAUGCGGGCAAAGUGGCCCCAACACGCACCAUCAUGGCGCAGGACAUUGAUGCACGCGAUAGGAAUAUCGAGAAUAUCCGCGGCUACGUCCGGGAACUCUUUCCGGACAUUGAAGUCGAAGAGGUGCAUCUCACCUAUAACAUCACCAAACUCAGUGCUGUUGUUCAGGAGUACGAGAAGGUGAAGGAUGCCCGGAUGUACUGUCAGGCCCACAAAACCCGUGGGAUUGAUGUGAAGGUGUACCCGAAUUGCCUAACUUGCAAGGCAAUUGAUGCCCUUGAGUACUACUUGGAGCGGGAAUCACAGCUGGCUGGGGAAGUGGCCAGACUGAGGGCAAGUGCAGUCAAUGAUCCACUGGGGAUUGCCUUCAUUACAGUUUCCUCCGCUGAGGCAGCUCAGAGUAUUCUCAUUAAUUUCCGCCCCGGAACGUACCGGGAAUGGACAAUGACGUACGCACCGGCGCCAUCGGAUCUGUUCUGGGAGAAUCUGAGCGUUAGUACGCGUCAGUGGUACUUUAAGUGGUCCGUUGUGAAUAUCAUCUUGUUCCUCUUUCUCUUCUUCCUCACAACACCCGUACUCAUUGUUAACAUGCUGAAUUCGGUGGCCUUUAGCAAGGGUGCAGGGAAGUUGAGUCCACUCAUUUCGGAGUUUCUGCCCACGUUGCUUUUGUGGACGUUGUCGGCUCUUAUGCCGGUUAUUGUGGCAUAUUCGGACAAGUGGUUGUCACAUUGGACACGUUCCAAGCAGAAUUACUCCAUCAUGACAAAGUCCUUUGGUUACCUCCUCUUUAUGAUCCUCAUUCUGCCCUCAUUGGGCUUGACGAGUGCUCAGGCAUUCCUGGAGUGGACACUGCAUUACUACGAGAAUGGGACGUACAGGUGGGAUUGUAUCUUCCUCCCAGAUCGUGGUGCCUUCUUCGUGAACUACGUCAUCACAUCGGGAUUCAUUGGAACGGGUUUGGAGUUGAUUCGCUUCCCUGAGCUCAUUGUCUACAUGUGGAUGCUGUGUACGGCAAAGUCUCAAGCGGAAACGCCGCAUAUAAGGAAGUCAAUUGUCGUUGAAUUCCCAUUUGGUAUUCACUACGCUUGGAUGAUUAUGGUGUUUACAAUGAGUGUUGUCUACAGUCUGGCUUGCCCCCUCAUUAUGCCUUUUGCCAUGAUCUACCUGCUACUGAAGCACUUCAAUGAUCGUCACAAUCUCUACUUUGCCUACAGGUAUAGCAACAUGAUCAGCCAAGGUGGUGGUAAAAUCCACUCAACGGCUGUAACAAUGACAAAGUUCUCCGUUGUGCUGCUACUAAUCAUCAUGGCGGCACUGGCUGGUGUUAGGUCCGCCGGCGUAGAUGCACGAGCUGUGGUCUUGGUGAUCUCCCUGUGCGUCACACUAACCCUCUUUGCCUUUAUGUCACCCAUAAAGCGCUGUACGACGCGUCCGCCGACGAUUGUCGAAGCAGAGGGUCCAGCACCCAUUUACACGCCCGACGUUCUCACGCAGCGCCUUCCGGAGCCACCAACGAGUACACCGUCAACGAGCUAUGGCUCUGGGAGUGCGCAUUCAAUCAUUGUGGACGACCAAGAGGUGCCCAUUCGAACGGUUUCAGCUUGAGCUCCUCUCCUUCAUCUCUCAGCACUUUCAGGUAUUUUAUUUUCUACAAAAGUUUAUUUUUUAUAAAUAAAAGAAAAGUGAUUUUGGAGAAAUUUUCUGAGGGGUUCAGUUGCUUCAAAGAAGUUCAAUUGAAGAGAGGAAAGAAGUUCUAUUGCAGCUUAUUUUACAUGUUUUGACAUAGAAUUGAUUGAAAAAAUAGACAAGUUUGAAUUAAUGAGGAAUUGUCAAUUAAAUUUUAACAAAAAACCGAAGAGAAAUUCAAGAAAAUCAUUAAAAUGAGCGGAAAAAUGAAAUUGAGUAAUAUAAAGCGUGGUUUGAAGUUCUGAGUUGUUGUUCCUACAUAAGAGUAAUGGCAUAAACAUCUCAAUUCAAUUUUUUUUAAAGUUUUUAAAUUAUUUUACAAACUUUUAAAUUACUUUUAACUGAAAAUGCUGCAAAAUUUAUUUUCCUUUUCAAAACCUUUUUAUUUAUAAAUGAGAAUUAAAUUCAUACGUUGCUCUUCAAAACAUUGAGCAAUUAAAUAAAGAAUAAACGAAUUAUUGAGAUAGAUUUUCAUUUAAUUGAAUUAAAAAAAAAGAAAGAAAGAUAAAAAAAAAUGUUGAUAAAAAUUGAAAAAAAAAUAAAUUAUAAAUGUUAGAAAAUUGACUGUUUUUUUGGUAUUUUUAUAAAAAGUUUUCUCUUGUAGAUCUCUAAAGAAAUUGGCGCAUAAAAGUCUUCUAAAUAAUAUUUUUUAAAAAAAUGCUUCUUUGCUUUAAGAAAAAAUAUUUUAAAUAUUUUCUUUAAAAUUGACUCAAAACGAAUUUUCUUAUGACGGCAAUCAUUUUUUCUAAUUCCUUUUAAUCUCUAAUUCUUUCUUUUAAAGGGAACUUUGUACAUUUUUUUUGUAAAAGAAAAUUGUAUUUUAAAAAAACGACAAGAAAAGAAAAUCAGAAAAAAGAAGCUUUGAGAUGAAGAAAAACAUCCAAAAGUGAAGAAGUGAUUGAGAAAUAAUUUAAAGAAUAAUUAAAGUAAAGCAAAAUCACUUAGAAUUGUUUUAGAUAAAAGAAAAUAGCACGAGAAUUAAUUUAUUGUAAAAUAAUCAAUUUUUUUCUUUUAUUUUAAAUUUGUGUUUGAGCUAUUUUGUCGUUUUGCAUUUAAAAGAAAAAAAAUAAAACAAUUUAAAAAAAAUUUUAGACAAUGAUUUUUAAAGAAAAAUUAAGUUUUUUUUAGAAGUUUUGGUUUUUUAUCUAAAAAAAAAAUAAAAGAAAUUUAGUAAAAAAAAUUUUCAGGACAAAAUAAAUUCUUAGAAAGAAAUAAACAAAAAAAAUUUUUAAAGGUAGUUAAAUUAUCUCAGCACAUUGUAGGAAAGAAGCACUGAAAAGAAAAUCACGUAGAUAAAUUAAAAAAAAAAAAAUAAAUAAAUUUCUGUCCUUUAGUAUUAACAAUCCCUCUAUCUCUCCCAGAUGAGAAAUAAAUAAUUAAAUUAAAAAUACUUGCAAUAAUGCUGAGAAGGUAGAUUUUACAACAAACACCACUAAUAUGUGAUUAAUUAAUCCAAAUCAAUAUUAUUUUUUAAUUUAUUUGUUAACUAAAAAAAAAAUUCUCCCAGUUUGGAAAUUUUGCAAAUUUUAUCGAAAAAAAUGGAACUAAAGCAAAUUCUAAAAAAAAGAUCUUUCAAAGCUUUUUUGGAAGUUGAAAAAAAAAGAAGUUUGAACGAAAAGCCGGCUGUAAAUAUAUUUUCUAUAACCUAUAAUAAAAAAAUUAUAUUAAGGGCUAUAGCUGAGAAAAGAUUAAAAAAUAAACAAUUUACAA